AAAAACUCCAACGUUACCAUUUUCAAAAACCAAAUAUAAAGUGGAGCCAAAUUAAUCAUUACUUUCUCGAGUUCACUUUAACAGUUAAUUUUUUUUCAUAUCUAAUAGUAUCAACAUUUGAUAUAUGAUAUGAUGAACAACUUAAUUACAUUCACAAAACUGUUUCUAUAACAGAGAAGAGAAAAAUGGGAUGGACUUUUUUUGCAUGUUUUGGUUGUACAAAGAAGAGAAAACGACCUAUAUCUAAAAGAGCUUCAAAAACUAGAAGAAGAAUUCGAGGGUAUGAACCAUUGGAGUCAGACAUUCAUACUAAAGAGCUGGAUGUUUUACAACCCCUCAGCAGUACUACAAGUGAGAAAACAAAAGAUGAGAAGAAACCAAGCAUCAAAAAGAAAGUAAGGUUUAACUUGGAAGUGGUGACUUAUGAGCCACUUAGCUUGCAAGAUGAUGAGCAUGAUACCAGUUGGGAAGAAACAGGUGAUGUAGAAACUGAUCAGACAGCAGGAACAGCAGAAGAAGCUUGUCUAAAUUAUGCACCUCUCAGUAAAACCUUUACAACUGAAUCUAAAAUGUCAUUGUACUCAUCAGAGUACAGAUAUAACAGUUGUUAUGAUGGUGAAGAUGAAUAUGAAUAUGAUGAGGAUGACGAUGAUGAUGAAUCACAGAUUAGUGAUGAAGAUGAUGAUUAUGAUGAUGUUGGUUGCAUGAUCGAUCCUCAAAGCAUGUACUGUGAGCAAAUAAUGGAGGAACUAGACAACUGCUCUUCUAUGCCUCUUAUCAGUUCUGAGAUUAACGCGCGACUUAGGAGCCAUUACAUUGUACCAGUGCUGAAUCCUAUAGAGAAUCUUUCUCAGUGGAAGGCAGUUAAAACAAGGAAAUGCUGAUUCUUGAGUGUAAUGUGUGGUAAAUAAGGAAGAUGAGGAAGUGUGUUUUGUUCUGUUUUCCUGUUCUUCAAGAGUGAUUUUUGUUUCUGUUUUGUGAAUGGCAAGGUUUUCCUGUUCUUUU